AUGGCAACUAGUCAAUCAAGUGACAUAAAAACAAGUAACCCAUCGUCUGGUCUCUCCACCCGUCCAACUGCAAAUCGACAUAUGAACAUGCAAAGAAUGCAAAAUCUCCUCUUUAUUUGGUUAGACAACAAUAUUAAUGACAAUAAUGCUGAUUGUAAUAAUAUAAUCAAGCAACUGAAACGUGUUGUUAACAACGUAAAUAUAUUUACAAAUGGUGAAGAAUGUAUUGAAUUUAUUCAAACCAUUACCAAUAACAAAGUGUGUAUGAUUGUUUCUGAUUCACUUGGACAACAUAUCGUGCCUCGUGUGCAUAAAAUGUCGCAAGUAGACACCAUUUUUAUUUUUUCUAACAACCAAGAAUGCCAUAAACAAUGGACCACAGAAUGGCCUAAAGUAAAAGGAGUCUUCACAGAUAUAGCAUCAAUCUGUAAAGCUCUUAAACAAGCUACUCACCAAUGUGAGCAAAAUACCAUUUCAAUCAGCUUUGUGGCACCAAACAAGAAAUUGGAUCAAUUAGAUCCAUCAUUUAUGUAUACUCAGAUCUUAAAAGAAAUCUUAUUAACCAUCAACUUCGAAGACAAACAUUUUCAAGAAUUUAUUACUUAUUAUCGUGAAGCAGUUGCCAAAAAUGAUAUUGAUUUAAGUAAAAUUGAAGCAUUCGAACGUAAUUAUCGUGGUCAUACAGUUAUUUGGUGGUAUACUUCUGAAUGUUUUUUAUAUUCGAUGCUCAAUCAAGCAUUAAGAUUAAUGGAUGUUGAUAUUAUUCUUCGAAUUGGUUUCUUCAUUAAUGAUCUACAUCGUGAUAUUCAACGACUCUAUUCGGAACAAUUUCAUGGUCAACAAUCUGGUGAAACAUUAACAGUUUAUCGUGGACAACGUCUUUCAAAAGAAGAAUUCACCGAAAUGACAAAUACUAAAGGUGGACUUCUUUCAUUUAAUAACUUUUUAUCAACUAGUAAAAAUCGUGAUGUUUCUCUCCUUUUCACACCACAAGGUGAUACAAAUCCUGAUCUUGUUGGAAUUUUAUUUGUUAUGUCAAUUAAUCCAAGUGAUUCUACAACUCCAUUUGCCUUUGUUAGUGAUGUUAGUAAUUUUGAUAUGGAAGAUGAAGUUCUCUUCUCUAUGCAUAGUAUUUUUCGUAUUGGAGAUAUUCAACCAAUGGAAGGAAACAAUCAUCUUUAUCAAGUGAACUUAACAUUAACCAAUGACAACGAUCAAGACCUUCGUGCUCUUACUGAUCGUAUACGACAAGAAACCUUUCUGAAUUCGACAGGAUGGCACAGAUUAGGGUUAUUGUUGAUUAAAAUGGGUCAGUUUAACAAAGCUCAAGAAGUUUAUGAAGUUUUACUUCAUCAAGCAGCAAAUGAAAGUGACAUGGCAAAUAUUUAUCAUCAACUAGGUGGAAUCAAACAUAAUCAAGGAGAAGAUCAAGAAGCACUUACAUCUCUCGAAAAAGCUCUUACAAUUCGACAGCAAUCACUUCCUUCCAAUCAUCCUGACGUAGGAGACUCCUAUAACAAAAUUGGUACUGUAUAUGACAGCAUGGGUAAUUUUGCAAAAGCACUUUCUUAUUAUGAAAAAGCUCUUGCAAUUCGACAACAAUCACUUCCUUCCAAUCAUCCUGAUUUGGGAGGCUCUUAUAACAACAUCGGUUCGGUGUAUGAUAGCAUGGGUGAUCAUCCAAAAGCACUUUGUUAUUAUGAGAAAGAUCUUAGAAUUCUACAACAAUCGCUUCCUUUCAAUCAUCCUGAUUUGGCUAUAUCCUAUAACAACAUCGGUUUGGUGUAUUACAGUAUGAGUGAUUAUCCAAAAGCACUUUUAUCUCAUGAAAAAGCCCUUGCAGUUCGACAACAAUCACUUCCUGUCAAUCAUCCUCAUGUAGGUGCUUCCUAUAACUGCAUCGGUAUGGUGUAUGCCAAAUUAGGUGAUUAUCCAAAAGCACUUUCUUAUUAUGAAAAAGCCCUUAAAAUUCGACAACAAUUACUUACUUCGAAUCAUCCUGAUUUGGCUGCUUCCUAUAACAGCAUCGGUUUAGUGUAUAAUAACAUGGGUGAUUAUCCAAAAGCACUUUCAUCUCAUGAAAAAGCCCUUACAAUUCGACAACAAUCAUUUCCUUCCAAUCAUCCUGACUUGGGUAAUUCCUAUAGCCACAUAGGUUUGGUGUAUUACAACAAGGGUGAUUAUCCAAAAGCGCUUUCUUAUUAUGAAAAAGCCCAUACAAUUCUACAACAAUCACUCCCUUCCAAUCAUUCUGAUUUGGCUUUAUCCUACAUGCGCAUCGGUAAUCUGUAUAACAGCAUGAGUGAUUAUCCGAAAGCACUUUCAUCUCAUGAAAAAGCCCUUACAAUUCGACAACAAUCACUUUCGUCCAAUCAUCCUGAUUUGGCUAAUUCCUAUAGCAACAUCGGCUUGAUGUAUAACGGUAUGGGUGAUUAUCCAAAAGCACUUUCAUCUCAUGAAAAAGCUCUUACAAUUCGACAUCUAUCACUUCCUUCCAAUCAUCCUAGUUUGGGUGUUUCAUAUUACAACAUCGGGUUGGUGUAUAACAGUAUGGGUGAUUAUCCUAAAGCACUAUCUUAUUAUGAAAAAGCCCUUGCAAUUCAACAACAGUCACUUACUUCGAAUCAUCCUGAUUUGGCUGCUUCCUAUAACAGCAUCGGUGUGGUGUAUGAGAAUAUGGGCAACUAUUCAAAAGCGCAUUCAUUUUAUGAACGUGCUGUAAAAAUUGGAGAACAAUCAUUACCAACAAAUCAUCCGGAUCUUAAAAUGUAUAGAGGAAACCUCGAAAACAUAAAAACGAAAUUAUAA